AUGCCGCCAGUAGAUCCUGAGUUGGCCCUUUCAUUGGAUGAAGUAUCUCAAAUUUUACUAAAGCGUCCUGGUGCUGUAGGUAUUAAAGGAAUCAAGAGGCUCUCUAAUUUGUACGGUUUCGAAACAUUUACUGAUAUAAUCGAUCCUGUCAAUAAGGCUUCGGCCAUUCAAUCCCCUGGACCUUUAGGAAUGAACGAAAAAGAGUUGAGUACAAUUGAAAGACUAACCAUUGCUGGUAAAAUCAUUUUAAUUGAUAUCGAUUUUCAGGAACAGAAGGUGUCGGAUGUGUCUCUGUCUUUAGCUAUAGUCACUAAACUUAUCUCUGGAAAGGACAAGGGAAAACUCAACUUUAUAGAUAAGGCUUGUGAACCCAACAUUGAGAAGUUGCUACUCCAGAACCUCAACGAAUCGACUCUGGAUGAUUUUAAUAGGAAUUUGAGGCUUUUAUCCCUGCUUGACAAAUUGUCCAACAGCGUCAGUCUCAACGAUCAACUGAAUAGAGAAACUGGCUCCGGUAACGAUGAGUUAAGUCAUGAACGAAAGUAUGACUUGUUUAAUUAUAUGCAUAUUUUAUCUUUCAAUCUACACAGAGUCUACGAGUACCAAGUUUCACACCUAGACGAGCUCGAUUACAAAAGCCCAUUUUUAUCAGACAGAAAUGACAUUUCGUGUUUUGUUAGAGAAGGGCUUGGUGGUAUUGGAAAAGUGGAACUAAAUGUUGGCGGAAGAUGUGGCGUAUUUUUGAAGUUCUGGGAAGAUCACCGAUUUGUUACCCAACAACUAAAGCAAAGAGUGCCCAACGAUGAGAUUCAUAACGACAACUUCUUGCUUCAUUUUAAAAUCAAAGAAGUGGACAACGAAUAUUGCAUUAAGAAUAUUGAUACCCGAAUAGUCUACAAAGAAAAGUGGUUUGAAGAAGGACGAUGGCUGGUGGAUUCCGGAAAGAAUGACAAUGACAUUGUGAAAUUUUCUGUUACGCUUGUAGCAGAGCUUUUACCUACUGUUUGGGUUCCUUACGAUCUGUUGUACAAGUGGAAUAUUGACGAUAUUGAUGAAGCUGAACCUGAUGUCAAAAACAACCGCCUAGAUGCGCUUUUUGACCACUUCAAUAAAUUUCAUCAUAAAAGAAAAUAUCGAUUGAAUGAGAAAGGUGACCAGAAGCUUGAAAUUAGUAUGAUGUCACCAUGUCGCUUUGUGAAACUUCAUAAAUUAUCUCACCGUGUUGAACAAAUCCAAAGCAUUGUUGACGACUUGAGAACCUGGUGUGUCAUUUCCAGUUUUAUUCGAAAUGUCUUAUCAUCUUGUGAAUCAGAAGAAGAAACCAGGACUAACGUUAAAAGUGAACUAAAUGUUGAUGAUGUCAAGCUGGUAGAGUUUGUCUCGGAGAAACCAAUUAUAGUCAAUAAUCGUAGAGAUGAUGAGUUCCGUUUAUCUUUUUCACCUUCUAUGGAUGAUCUGGAUCACAUGCUGACGACCGUUGAAUUUAAAGAAAACAAUGUAUAUAAGAAAUUACAGUUUAGCAUCAUACGAGGGAUCUUAGAUGAUGUGAAACCAUUGACUGAUAACAUCGACGAAUCAACAGUCAAAAUUAAAGCUUGGAAAGUGUUUCGCACCGAGCAAAUCCUUCGCUCUUUUCAAGUAAUCAAGAACAGCUGA